UGCGGAAGAAAUUGCUUCCAAUAACUUUUCAGUAUUUCACAGUCUUUAUGGAAAUGUUCCUGUUUGAACCAUAAGAUCGUUAUGAAUGUAAACGAAGAGUGCGUUAUUUGACAUAAAAUUAUUUGUUUUAAAAUAAUUUUCUAAAUUGAAGCUUAAGUAAAAUAAGCUUUAAUUAGAAGUCACAAUGUCCACAUUGUCAGUAUUAGCCAGUUAUGAUGAAUUGGUUCGAUGUACAAAUACUCUGGUCAACGGAUCAUGUGAAGGAGAAUUUCUUCAGUUUGCAAUAAAUCAGGAGGAAAUGCGUCAAAAAUGGUUGACGUCUGUACAGGAAUGUCAACGAUUACACGCAGCUUUGGAAAAAUCACAUCAGGAAGCAUCAAUUCUUGAUAAAAUGUUGAGCCACGCAAGAAGAUUAUUAGACGAAGAGAAAAUGAAACGUAGACACGCCGAAGAUGAAAGAAAUUCUCUUGAAAGACAAAUAAAAUUAGCAAGAGAUCUCUUGUUCAAUGAUGGCGGAAGAAAUAUAAAUGAUGAAACUAGAGAAAAACUACAAUUUUUAAAUAAUGCGUCAAUGAAUGGAUUUCAUGGGAACGCGUACGGAAAGGAUUAUUAUACUGAUAGAUUAAACCCGAUAGCGGAGCUGGACUCCACUGCGUCAAUUUUAAGUGAUUUGAGUUGUUAUUCUAAGUCGGAGGACGAUUUAGACACGAGUUUUAUUCUUCAGCAGAGAAAUAAACGCGAAUGGAAAGAGCACAGACCUAGUGGGGACUACGGUUUAAAAAAGAGACGAAGUUCUUUGCAGAAAAUAGCAGAUCGCAAUAUUUCUGAUCGAUUGAUUGCCAAAACAAUUGUUUCGGUGAAUAGAGAUGGACCGAUAACAGCAACUUCUGUUAUUGAAACUAUUCCCGGCAAUGAAAAUAAGGAUCCUCAAACUCCUUUACAUAAUUUACGCGGUAGACAGAAAAGUAAUGAAAACAAAACGAAAAAUUCACCGAGUAAAAAGGAUAAUAGGAAUCCUCUUAAGUCUUCUGGAGAAAAUUCAUCGGAGUCUGAUUCUGAAAAUGUCUUUAAACCAAGUCCCAAUAUCGGUGGCUAUACUCUUAGUCCGAAAAUUACGAGGGGACACAAUUUUAAUGUUAAAACUGUCAUUAAGCCAGAAAUUUGUUCACAUUGUGGCAAAAGAAUUCGUUUUGGAAAAGUAGCAUUAAAAUGUAAAGACUGUCGUGCUAAUACUCACGUGGAAUGUAAAGAAUUUGUUCCACUUCCUUGUAUUCCAGCGGGAAAUACGCCCACAAUGAGAGGCGUUUCGGGCACAAUCGCGGACUAUACACCGAUGGUUCCUCCAAUGGUACCUUCAUUAGUGGUACAUUGCAUAAACGAAGUAGAACUUCGAGGAAUGAGCGAGCAAGGAUUGUACAGAGUUAGUGGCGGUUCCGCGGAAGUAAAAUUAUUAAAAGAAAGAUUUCUCAAAGGCAAAGGUGCGCCGAAUCUAUCGAAAGUUGACAUUGCGACAAUUUGCUCAACACUCAAGGACUUUCUCCGAUCUUUAAAAGAACCUAUAAUUACCGUUGGAUUAUGGGCAGAUUUCGUACGCGCUGUCGCUUUAUCAGAUAAACAGGAUUCGGACGCUGCGCUGUAUCAAGCGAUUUCGGAACUUCCACAACCGAAUCGUGACACUCUUGCUUUUCUAAUUUUACAUUUACAACGUGUAUCGAGCAGUCCUGAGUGUAAAAUGCCAAUUAGUAAUCUUGCCAAAGUUUUUGGUCCAACUUUAGUUGGUUACAGUUGUCAGGAACCGUCCGUCAUGUCGAUGCUCAGCGAAACAAAAAAUCAAGCUGCUAUCGUCGAAAGUUUGUUAAGAAUUCCUUCUGAUUAUUGGGCUAAUUUUGUGAAUUCGGAUAGUACUCAUGAAACUGGAACACCACAAACUGGAGAAUUGAGACACACGCCUUCAACUGAAUCACUAUUUAAACAUUCAACGUCUAGGGGAUUCUUUCAUACUCCAUUAAAUUCAAGUCGCUCGUUCCUGAGGAAGAAUAAAAAAUACUUCGUCACUCCAACAUCGAAGGAAAUCUUGUAAGAGACUGAUUAUUUAGCUGAAUAAUAUAUUUGGAUGAAUACAGUAUUUAUUUUUAUAUUGCAAAUUAAGUGCCUUGCACAAUUGACAAUAAUAGUUUUAAUUUCUUUUUUUUUACAAUCGUGCGAGUUGCUUAAAGAAAAAAAAAUGUAAGACGUGUAAAAACUGUUGAGUGAUACAAAAAUUUUGUAAGCAGUCAUUUUGAAAGAUUUCAGUUAGAUUUUUUUAUUCUAAGAGCAAUUAUAAUCUUGAAAUAAAUUUUGCGGAGAAAUAAAAUUAAUUUAAUAAUGUUAAAAAAUAA